GUCUUUGUUAUUUUUGUAUUUGUUGACGUUUGUCGUGUCAUAAAAAAUAAUUUAUUUAAAAAUGUGAAUUUAGCUUAAAUCGCCGAGUUAAUUAAUCAAUAAAUUAAAAGUUACCUGUAUCGUUUAAAUACAUGGAAGGCAUUUUAUGGAAAUGGACGAAUUACUGGAAUGGUUGGCAAACCAGAUGGUUUGUUUUAGAGAAUGGAAUUUUAUCAUACUAUAAGUCGCAAGAGGAAGUCAACCAGGGAUGUAAAGGUUCAGUGAAAGUAUCCGUUUGUCAGAUCAAUGUGAAUAACAUUGAUAACACACGACUGGAUUUGGUAAUUCCUGGGCAGCAACAUAUGUAUCUAAGAGCACCCUCACCACAACACAGACAAAAGUGGCUUGUAGCUUUAGGCAGUGCUAAGGCCUGUGUUGAAUCUUUAGUGGAUCCAAAAGCAACAGGAUAUGAAGACUCUUUAACCCAUAAAAAAUCUGAAUUGCAUUUAUAUUGUGAUUUGCUAAUGCAACAAGUGCACGCAGUAAAAAGUGCAGUUAAUGAUAAAGAUGGCCCAGAAAUACAGAAAAUUGAAGAUGCCUCCAGCCUUCUAACUGCAACAUGUGACACUUUUAUAAGAACUCUUGAAGACAUAAUGAAACUUACUAACAAUACUGUAACCAAUGCAGCUUACAUAGAAAAUAUGCCACUUCCUAGUAUAGCCAUUACGAAAACUGGUAGCAGCAAUAAGACUCCAAAACCAAAUGUGAGCAGGUCUUUGUCUCAAGAGAGUAGAUGAGAUAAAAUAGUCUUUUUUUAAAUGUUCUAUAAGUAGUACCUACAUAAAAUGAUCUUGUAAAAAAUACUUUAAUUGAAGCUAAUGGUUCUUCCCAUUCAUUAGAGUGUGGAAUGUCUUGUUUUGUUAAUGUAUUUGGUUUUGGCUUGUAAAUAGUUGGAAAAAUGUAUAGAAAUGUCCCUGAUAAGUGUUGCAAAUCAACACACCACUAUUGUUAUAAUAGCGCAGACACAGUUAUUUUAAUUAAAAUUUUAACUAAAUCUCUUUCUGCAGAUAAAGUAAACCCUGUUUGACUUUAGUAGAAACUUAGAUUGCAUUAUAAAGCAUAACUUAUGUAUUGAACGUCAUAACAAAUUCAGUGGCUUUUAUUCUCUGAAAGCGAGAAUUAGCAAAUUGAAGUGUAGAAAUAUAUGGCAACUUCUUCUUAACCAGUGCUACAGACCUGCAGUUUUAUCUAAUUGCAAUUUCAAUCAAAGUCAUUAGAAAAAACUGAUGGACACUACACACAGGCAAUUUAACUGAACAGUUUGAAUUUUCAGUUCAAACUGAACAUCUAUAGUGUGGGUUAGUUUUCCUUAAAUUGUUUUGUCCUUGGACAAAAAAUGUUUCAACAUAUUUGAAGACAAAUAAUAUAUUGACAUUUAGUUUUAUAUGUAUAGAAAUUUAAAUAUGAUAUUCAUAGUAUUAUAUUAUUAUAAAGGCAUGAAUUUAAAUGGUUGUUUAUUUGCCAAUAUAAAUAAGUUUAUUUCGAGUGAAAGCAUAUUUGUUUUGUUCUCUUGUAGUUAAAUGUUUGUUUUAUUGUUCUGUGAUAAAUAUUCAAAAUUUUUCUUAAAAUAGAUCUGUACCCAUAACACUUGUUAUUGGUUGUAUUUGUGAAUUAUUAUUGUUUUGAGACAUUCCUUCUGGAAAAUCAAGAAAUUAACUCAUUCCACUUGCAGUAUUAAAUUUGUACUUUUGUGCCUAAAAUAAAUGAAAUACUUUUA